AUGGUGAGCAGAGGGCCCGGCUCUUCCAAUUUUAACCCAACAAUGACGAUGCAGGGCGAGAUAUACCAUUACAUGGGUCCCAUGAUGCCAUCCGAGGGGCGGGUGCCUUCCUACGGUCCCGUUUACAUUCACGACACUGACUACGCCACCCAGACGCGUACAAGGCUUGGAAACUCUACACGACUGGAAGAGGCAUUGAUGACGCAACUAACGCACAUGCUGCACGAAUGCAACCCCUACGUGCAGACAUUUCUGUGUAUGCGAGAAUGGGCUCAAUCUCCUCACAACAACACUCCAGCCGCGUACCAGAUGGUCAUCCAUGCCGACCGCAGGCCAAGUUAUGAGCACGUGCGCCGGUACAAUGGUCCCGAAGCUUCUGAAGUGGCUGCAUUGAUCCCUGGAAAUGAAAACGGAGAGAUUGGGCGAGGGACUCUGAACAGUAACGGGAACGAAGUGUUGGAUCCGAUUUCACUCAGUCAUCGUGCAUACGAUCCAUUGAGUUACGUGCUUUUGUUCCCGAACGGUAGAGAUGGAUGGUAUCCAGAGCUUCGAUUCUCCAGUGAGGACGACGGCAGACGUACCAAGAUAACUCCGAUGAUGUUCUACGGAUGGCAUUUGUUCGAAAGGGCAGGUGAGUUCAUCAUGAUCUUACACGCAGCGCGACUCUUUCAGCAAUAUUUAGUUCACCAGUUUUGCAAAGUGGAGGCAGAAAGGCUUUCGUAUCUCCGCCAAAACCAGACAAAGCUUCGAGGGGCGGACUACAUCUCACUUCGCGACAGCCUAGGAGACUCCGGUCGUGCUGAAGAUGAAGCCGACGCUGUACGUGCAGGACGACUGUUCAUUCUCCCUUCUACGCACAUCGGAUGUGACAGCUACAUGAGGCAGCAGAUGCACGGCAUCAUUGCUAUAUCUAACCAAAUUGGCCACCCGGACAUCUUCCUCACCAUGACAUGCAAUCCUAGCUGGCCGGAGAUCACAAGAGCCCUGCUGCCCAAUCAAACUCCUCAGGACAGACUGCAUCUGUGCGCACGUGUGUUUCGUCUCAAAAUGAAGGAUCUCAUGUCCUUGGUCAUCAACGAGGAUGUGUUCGGAACCGUCGUUGCCCAUGUACGAGUCAUCAAAUUUCAGAAACGAGGUCUUCCCCACGCUCACGUGGUAUUCUUCCUAGAUGAGGUCUCCAAGAAUGAUCUGCGUAAUCCCGAAAACGUCGACCGCAUUAUCUCUGCGGAGAUCCCGUCUGCCCAAGAUCCAGAACUCCAAGAGGUCGUGCUUAAGCAUAUGAUUCACACUCCAGCUGGAGAACGCAAUCCAACAGCCGUGUGCAUGGGCGAGCAGUACUGCAAGAAAAGGUUUCCAAAACCGUUCAAACACGAAACCAGCCAGUCCGAAAGUGAGUACUACAUCACGUACCGCAGAAGGUCCCCCUCGGCAGGUGGCGUCUCCAUCGAGCGUCCCUCCCACAACUCCUGGUUCGUGCCCCACAGUCCUCUACUUCUAAGAUCGUUCGCUUUCCAUUUGAAUGUGGAACUCUGCGUGUCACGCGUUGGCGGAAUCAAGUACCUCUUCAAGUAUGUGUGCAAGGGACAAGACGGAGUGAACAUAGAAAUCACUGCCAAAAACGAGUGCUACGACGAGAUAGAGCAGGAGGCCGCGCUUCGACCGGCAUCAGGUACGAAGCUGACCGAGUGGUUUAAAGCCAACGAAAAUUACCCAAGCGCGAGGCAUAUUCGGUACCACAAGUUUCCAAAGUACUUUACGUGGAAGAAAAGCAGCUAUGCAGAGGAAGCCUACGAUUUCCGUGGCACGGGCGCCAACGUAGUCGGUCGAAUCUAUACUGUCAGUCCGAGGGAGGGUGAGCCCUACUUUCUUCGCCUCCUCCUGACACAAGUGCCGGGGGCAACAUCCUUCGAGAACUUGCGAAACAUCGACGGCGAGCAGUGCACCAGCUUCCGACAAGCGUGCUUACGACUUGGUUUGCUGGCCAACGAUGCCGAGUGGAAGCACGCCAUCCGAGAUUCAUUUCGGUCAAGCUUCGUUCCCCUUUCUCAUCUGUUCGCUACGAUUCUCGCACAUUGCCAACCUUCGGAUCCUCUCUCGCUGCGGAACGACCACCUGCACAUGUUUCUCACCGAUAUUCGCAAUCGCGCACGCGGACAACCCAUUCGAAGACAGCAGCUUCGCGAUGAUCACCACGCCACAUCUUACGUGCUUGGAGAGGUACAGGAGGCCCUGCAGACGCGACUACAGACAUCGUUGCCGCUGUUAAACACAAAUCAGCGCCAUGCCUUUGACGAAAUAGUAGGCUCCAUGCCUCCAGGCGUAUCCCUCUCGGCAUUGCUUCAAGGAUCCUCCAGCGCCGUUGCGGGACCUUCUAUGCCAACACAAAGUAGUCGUCUCUUCUUCCUCGAUGCUCCUGGCGGAACAGGCAAAACGUUCGUGCUCAGCGCCAUUCAAGACUUCCUUCGUUCGCGCCCCAAGCAAGUCAUCGCCGUCGCCACAUCUGCUGUUGCUGCAGUGUUGCUCGACGGUGGACGCACCGCUCAUUCCGUGUUCAAGAUUCCCAUUCCUGUAUCUGCCGAAAGCACUUGCAACUUCUCCACAAACUCCGAUACCGGUCGUAUAUUGCAACAAGUUGAUCUUAUCAUAUGGGACGAGAUCGUCACGUGCUAUCGAAACUGCACUGAGACUGUCCAUCGCUCUCUCCGCGACUUGAUGCAAACCGACCGGCCCUUCGGAGGAAAGUUCCUCGUGCUCGCUGGAGACUUUAGACAAAUCCUUCCCGUCGUUCCGGGCGGGUCCAGAGGGGACCCCGCAGCAGAUGUGGAGGCUCUCAACUUCCCACAGUUCCUCCUCAGCGUCGGGGAAGGCAGACUUCAAUGCGAUCAGCGCCCGGAAUGGAUCUCACUACCACAGUCCGUAGCGUUCGAGCACACCAUCCGCAAUUUAUGCCUCAAGGUCUUCCACGGCAUUCGAGACAAUCACGCCGACCCUACAUGGCUCACAAAGCGCGUUAUACUCACCACAAAGAACAGACCGCUCGAGCAGGUCAACGAAGUCAUCGGCAACAUGAUGCCGGGACCGUAUCGAACAUAUUUAAGCGCAGACAAGGUCGAGAGCGAAGACACCAACGCGCUGAUCUAUCCCACGGAAAUGCUCAACACCUUGACGGCCGGGUCUGAUCUACCAGACCACAAGCUCAAGCUCAAGAAAGGUUUCAUCGUCAUGCUUCUGCGCAAUCUCCAUCCCACUUCCGGUCACGUCAACGGCGCUCGAUAUGUCAUCGAGAAAAUGACCAACAACCUAUUCUUUCUACGCGUUACCUCGGGGUCACAUGAAGGCAACAGACUCUGCCUUCCACGAAUGCCCUGCGGACCAGGUGACGACAAAAUCCCAUUCCUGGCUUUACUCGAACGCAGUUCCCCAUUCGCACGUGAUUCGCCCUUACAACGAACAAAGCCCAAGGCCAGUCCUUCGGUGGCCGCAUUGGUCUCGACCUACGAGAUCAUUGCUUCUCGCACGGUCAACUCUACGUGGCAUUAUCGAGGACUACUCACUCAGGCAACGUCACUAUCCUCACUCGAGAGUCCGAUGCAACAACGCGAAACGUAG